AUGUCAGUUAAACAUUCUAUUCUUAUUCUACUGGUCCUGAGCCUACUAAGGCCUGGAACUUCCGUUACUAGGAAAAGAACACGUAGAAGAGCUCUAAUUCCAGACCAAAAUCCAGAAUUGUCUACAGAUGACGAAUCUGAAGUUUCAGAAGUUGAACGACGCGUUCCUCCCAGACGUGCAAAAUCCAUUUCUCUCAAACUUUCCAGCCCUGAAAAUUUAAAAUCCAACGAGUUUGAAGUUUCAAAUAGUGAACCACCUGAGAAUUUACAUACCGAAUCAUUAGAGAAUUUACAUACCAAACCCUUUGAUAAUUUACAGAGUAAAGAGUUUGACGAUUUAUUGAAUAAAAAGUUAGAGGGCUUAAAGUAUGAAGAAUCGGAGGCUUCAGUGAUUAAGGAACCAGAACCUUCAACGAGUAGGGAACCAGAACCUUCAGUAAUUAAGGAGUCAGAAAGUGUGGAGAUUGAGGAACCAAAACCUUCAGUAAGAAGGGAGGCGGAGCCUCUAAAGUAUAGUCAGACUUCGGUGAAGUUUGACCGUGUGACUGAGAUGAUGUCAGAGCAUUUAUCAAAGAGUGGCGUGGAUUCAAAGAAGUUUUGCAAAUAUGAUUGGCACAACUGCACGAAAUUUAUCGAAGCUUACACCAGAAGAUGUUUAGCGGGAGACUGUUACACUCUGGACAAUGUUCCAGUGGUAGAUUUGCAGGACGGUUUAAAGGUUCAUCUUCCGUUUUUGAACCAGUAUGCCUUUGCUAUGGCUCUUUUCGAGGAUUCAGGAGCCUGGCAAAAGAGUAAAUUCUAUAACAUUUUCGGUAAAAUUAAGAACAAAAUAUACGGCAGUGAUGAGCGGACAAUUGAGUCCUUUAAUAAUAAAAUAACGCGGAUUAGCUUUAGGAACAUGGACUUUGGUGGAGACUUUAAUCGCAUGAUUCUAACUGAGGUUUUGUACAAGGCUUCGCUUCACUAUUUGGCAUAUUUGUCUGAGAGCUCCCUGGCCAAAUAUAUGAAUAAAUGGAAAUUUAUGCGCUUCUUCUUUAGGCUAAAGCAGACCAGUUGGCUUACUGGGGCAGCAAAAAACAUAGCAAAAUCAAAAACUCUUGAAAUGGGAAUGCGUGACCUACAACUGGUAAUCGAUUCUUACCUGUUAUAUCUCAAUGUUUCUGGUGUGGUAGAGCCUGAACGGUUGACCAUUUCAUACUCUAAACUGGUGAAACACUCAAUAAUGAAAGUUCUGGGCACUAAAGUUGUUAGCGCUUUAAUGUCAGAUUAUAUACUAACAAUGCCUCCAAUGCUUAACGAUUUCUGUAAAACCUCAGAUGAUAAAAAUGAGAAGCAAAAUACUGUUCCAUUUACUCCAGUUCACUGCAGGAAAAUGGUAUCAGACUACUUGGAAAGGUGUCAGGACGGUGACUGUAUUACUCUGGAUACCCGAACGUUACUGGAUGGAAAGGAUUACUUGAAUGUAAAUCUUCCAGAUUUGGACCAGUUGAAUGCGGCUGUGACAAUCUUUGUAAAUUCCAGAGCGCACAAAAAAGCAAUUCUCGACUUCAUUUUCAGGCGUAAAAAUAGAAUAAACCAAAGCCAAUUUGUGAAUAAACUAUACACUGAGAAUCUAAAGGAAACUAAAUUUAAUAACAGAGACCAUGAAGUGCUGGGCAGAUAUCUCUACUAUGACACACUUUACUUUAAAAUCCGAAGCCUAAAGAACAGAAUUAGGUUAUUUUUCAGUAAGAAAAUUGAAACUGAGCUUAAAAAUUUCCUUCAACCCUUGGUUAAAAUUACGCCUGUGAGGAUUAACAAGGUUAAAAUAAGCUUAAUAUUCGUGGCAUACAGAAACUACUUGUUCGAAAAUAACUUCGCAAAGGACAGAGACAAGCUUAUCAACUUUGUACAAAUCUGUCACGAGGUUUUGUCGUCAUUUACUGACCUCAUGAACCUGGUAGGAGGUAAGAAAAAGGAGAAAGCAAAGCAUUUGGAGCCUGAGGAGGAAGAGUUAGAAAAGUCAAAUUUUGACUAUGAACUGGAGAAUAAACUAAUCCAUGAUAAAGAGGAACCCUUAGUUUCAACUAAAUCGCAUAAAAAACAUGUAAACUUAGAGAAUACUGUUGAAAAUAUGGAAGAAGUAUAUUGA